AUGAGCGCACGAGCAGCACGAGCACUACUACCAGGCCUACUCCGCGCCGGUGGGCAGAGGAGGGGAAUGGCGGAGAUGGCGCCCCCGCAGCCCGCGCCACAGCAGCAGAAGAAGGUGUCGAAGCAUGUUGGGUUCUACAAAGAGCUUGGGCGGCCGCUGUCAAAGGUGUUUUUGAUGUCGUUCUUCACGUACCAGGCGUGCUACUGGGCAUGGUUGAAGCUGGAGAAGGAGGAGGUGCAGCGAGGGAAGGAGGAGGAGUGGGGCGGGUGGUCUAAGAAGUGUAAAUAUCAAUACCGUACUACAUGUACGUAG